GUCAUAACUAAUAGAAGAAAUAUAAAUAUAAACCGACACUUAUAAUGUCUCAACAUACUAAUGGUUUAUAUUUCAUUGAAUCUCUCAUCAUGCAUGUAACUUUGUAUCGCAACUUGUGAUAUAAAGAAACUGAGUGGGUUAGGUUGAUGUGUAUAUUUCAACGCAGAGCAGCACUCUGCGGAUCUUUUGUACCCCAUGAGGAAUUCAUCUUUGCUGAAAAUCUUGGAUUUUUGAUGAAUUUUUUCAUAAAACACUUCAAUUUACUCGUUCGAUAGCCAUAUGUUAAAACAUUGAUUCAAUUUACCCGCUUAAUCCUCACCAUUUUGAUCUCCCCUCCUCCUCACUACCACCCGUUUCCAAUUCCGAUCGAUCGUCCGUCUUUUCUUUCACAGCCAACGAACUCAUUUACCGCAGCAAAGGCUUUCCCAAUUCAAAACGGUUUUUUGAUAUUUUAUUUAUGUGUUUUUACGAUUUUACCACUGCCACAUCUGUUCUUCGAAGCUUAUACGCUUCAAAGGUUAUAAGAUUCUGCACACCCAAAAAUUAAUUUUCUCAAAAUUGUUUUGACAUAGAAUCUUCUGAAAUAGAAGUUAAUAACAGCCUUAGAAAAACCUUAUCGUUACGUCUUGGUCAAUGGUGAAACUUCCAAGUUGAUGCAUAGAAAUUCCAAUCAUGUUUGAACAUUAAUAAAUAUUCGUUCAUCUGACCAAAAUAAAAAAAUAUCUCAAUUUCCAAGAUUCGCCACCAGCAAAUACCAUGUACCCUUCUCAUCCACAAGACUAUCCUCCACAAUCAUAUUACCAACCACCGGCACCACCAGAAUCGAAUUACCAACCACCGCAUUAUGCCACAGGUAUUCCAGGUCAAUACGUGGUUCCUCAGCCCAUUAACGGGAUAUGGUCCAGCAGCCUUUGUGCCUGUUGCUCGGAUGUACCCAACUGUUGCCUAACAUGUUGGUGUCCAUGCAUUACUUUUGGACAAAUUGCUGAGAUUGUUGAUAAGGGGAAUACUUCCUGUGGAGUACAUGGGGCUCUCUAUGCAAUAAUUGCAGCAUUCACAUGUUGUGGAUGUUUGUAUUCUUGUAUAUUUCGGACAAAGAUGAGGAGCCAAUAUGGACUGCCUGAGACUCCUUGCAACGAUUGCCUUGUUCAUGUCUGUUGCGAACCCUGUGCCUUGUGUCAAGAGUAUCGUCAGCUUAAACAUAAGGGAUUUGACAUAUCUAUAGGAUGGCAAGGUAACAUGGAGAGACAAAAUCAUGGAGUACAAAUGCCACCUAUGGCUCCGGGAGGAAUGUACCGUUAAACUACCGAUUCAUCACUUCAUUCACGAAUUAAAGAUAUUAUCCAUGGUGCAUUGAAGUUUAUGUUGGUAAAAAUGAUUCGACAGCAUAAGUGUUUCGUAAAAAACGCUCGCCAAAUUAUUGGUAAAUAUAUUUUCCUAGGUAUAUUGAAUGUUAUCAUAUUGUAAUAACGCGCGUGUAGCUUAAUCGUGAGUUGUAUUUAAGUAUUAUUUUAUAAGUAUUGGUUUCAUAUUGAUAUAUGGGAAUUGUGGUCGGUUUGGAACCUACUGUCACGUUAAGAAGUUUUCCACUCAUUGGAAAAAAUAUUGUGCGGACUAGUUAUAGCAUGGAGGCUCAUGGCAUUGAUAUUAACUUAUUGUUUAAACGUGUGAAAUGGAGCUAAUAGGCCCUCUUUGGUGGAUAAAUUAAUGAUCGAUCUUGAUUGUGUCAUAGUGGCGACCUCUUAUCGGUAAAACCCCAAAGGGUUGGGGAUUUAGAGUUUUUAUAUAUAUAUAUAUAUAUAUACUAGGAAUAUUUUGAGGCCCGUGCUAAGCACGGGCCAUGGAGGGUAAUUAAGUAUUUUAAAACAUUACGGAAAAAUAUUAUAGCCGAAAGGUUGUUUAGUAUAGUUAAGGAAUUUUAAGUAUGUUGCUAUUCUCCGUACAGAACCAAGUUUCUUUUAUUAUUGGUAAUGAAAUAAAAGUGCAAUGCUAUUAUGGAU